AUGAAGAAGAAGAAGAAGAAGAAGACGAAGACGACGAUGAAGAUGAAGAAGAAGACGAAGAAGAGACAGCGAGAAAGGCGAGGAGGCUAG